AUGGCGGCCAUUCAUUCGAGAGAAGAUAUUGAGCGGCAGAUUCAAGAGAUACAAAACCGCACUGCAACUCUUCGUCAAAACGAUGAAGCACCUGCAACCAACGGGAAGGAUGAAGCUGCAGGAUUUGCUGAGACGGGGCACUUUGACCGAGAAAUCUAUGAUAAAAGUGUCCGGAGCCGGUUUGAGGGCUAUGACUAUUCCAUUGCAGCUAAUGAAGCAGAUGAGGAUGAAGAUGAUUACAGCAAUCAUUCCUUGAUGAAUAAGAGCAGCAUCACGGCUCCAGCAUCCUUGUUCAGUGAAGCACAGGAGGCAGCUAAGGACUAUGACCCAUUUGCUGGUAACAAUGCAGCUAGGAUUGCUGAACGUGAAGAUGAAUAUCGUGCUCGUAGACGAAUGAUGAUCAUCUCACCUGCUAGACACGAUCCCUUCGCUGACGGUGGCAAAACUCCUGACCCUGGAGAGAGGACUUACGUUGACAUUCGAAGAGAACAAUCCAUGACAAAAGAACAGGCUGGGCUUCGUCUUCAGAUGCAGGACAAAGCUAAGAAGGGUGAGCUUGAGGUGCAGACGACUAAAACAGCAUCCAAACCAGUCAAACGGCGUCGUUGGGAUCAAGUAGGUGAAGAAACACCUGGCGCCACGCCCAAAAAGAAGACAAGUACCUGGGAACAGGCAGAGCAACAAGCCUCAACUCCAUCCAUCAGUCGCUGGGAUGAAACACCAGGCAGAGCAAAAGGUAGUGAGACACCAGGAGCUACACCCAGCGCAAGCACACGGGUAUGGGAGAACACACCUGCCCACCUGACACCUGGUCAUGUGACACCAAGUCAUGCUACCCCUGGACAUGCUACACCGGGUCACGCUACACCAGGACAUAGUGCAACACCAAGCGCUCGUAGGAAUAGAUGGGACGAGACACCUAGAACUGAGAGAGAAACUCCUGGGCAUGGAAGUGGAUGGGCGGAGACUCCUCGCACUGAUCGUGGGGGUGAUGCUCCAUCAGAGACUCCUACUCCAGGCAGUAAGCGUCGAUCUCGUUGGGAUGAGACUCCAGCUGGAAGUCAGACGCCCAGUGCCACGCCCAUCGUGGGUAAUACUGCCACACCCGUGGGUCAGAAGGCCAUGGUGAUGCAGACACCAUCACAGUCAGCACUGAGAAUGAUGACACCAGAACAACUUCAAGCUUGGAGAUGGGAGAAGGAAAUUGAUGAGAGAAAUCGAGCCUUGAGUGAUGAUGAGCUGGAUGCUAUGUUCCCUGAAGGAUACAAGGUACUACAACCUCCAGCUGGCUAUGUUCCGAUCCGUACUCCAGCCCGUAAACUGACAUCUACCCCUACCCCUAUGGGUGGACUCAGCGGAUUCCAUAUGCAGACAGAUGAUAAGACUGUAGAUCCUGGCUUAGCUCAACCGCCUGGUAAUCUGCCGUUCCUUAAACCUGAUGAUGCCCAGUACUUCGGCAAACUGUUGAAUGACAUAGAUGAAAGUACAUUGAGUGCAGAGGAACAGAAAGAACGUCGCAUUAUGAAGUUGCUGCUGAAGAUCAAGAAUGGGACACCACCGAUGCGUAAAGCAGCCUUGCGUCAAAUCACUGACAAGGCUAGGGAAUUCAACGCUGGACCACUCUUCAAUCAAAUCCUUCCGUUGUUGAUGUCACCAACUCUAGAGGAUCAAGAGCGCCAUCUAUUGGUUAAGGUCAUCGAUCGCAUUCUGUACAAGCUGGACGAUCUGGUGCGACCAUACGUACACAAGAUCCUUGUUGUGAUUGAACCUCUCCUGAUUGACGAAGAUUACUACGCUCGUGUAGAAGGCAGAGAGAUCAUCUCUAAUCUGGCCAAAGCAGCUGGUCUAGCUACCAUGAUCUCCACCAUGCGUCCUGAUAUUGACAACUUGGAUGAGUAUGUGCGUAAUACUACAGCGCGUGCAUUUGCAGUGGUGGCAUCAGCUCUGGGUAUCCCAUCAUUGCUGCCGUUCUUGAAGGCCGUGUGUAAGAGUAAGAAGUCUUGGCAGGCUAGACAUACUGGCAUCAAGAUUGUACAGCAGAUUGCUAUCCUGAUGGGAUGUGCUAUUCUACCACAUCUCAGGAAUCUGGUCGAGAUUAUUGAACAUGGACUUGUGGAUGAGCAGCAGAAGGUUCGUACCAUCACAGCCUUAGCCUUAGCCGCUCUUGCUGAAGCAGCUACUCCUUAUGGCAUUGAGUCAUUUGACAGUGUCUUGAAACCUCUCUGGAAGGGUAUCAGGCAGCACAGAGGAAAGGGUCUUGCUGCCUUCUUGAAAGCAAUCGGAUACCUGAUUCCUUUGAUGGAUCCUGAGUAUGCCAACUACUACACUAGGGAAGUCAUGUUGAUUCUUAUCCGUGAAUUCCAGUCUCCUGAUGAAGAGAUGAAGAAGAUUGUGCUCAAGGUAGUGAAGCAGUGUUGUGCUACUGAUGGUGUGGAAGCUCAGUACAUCCGAGAUGAAGUCCUGCCAUCAUUCUUCAAACACUUCUGGCAACAUCGAAUGGCUCUUGAUAGGCGCAAUUACAGACAGUUGGUGGACACCACCGUUGAGUUGGCUAACAAGGUUGGCGCUGCUGAAAUUAUCGGUCGCAUCGUUGAUGAUCUUAAGGAUGAGGCAGAACAGUAUCGAAAGAUGGUCAUGGAGACGAUUGAGAAGAUUAUGGGCAACUUAGGAGCAGCAGACAUCGACUCUAGGCUAGAAGAGCAACUUAUUGAUGGCAUCCUGUACGCCUUCCAAGAACAGACUACAGAGGACUCUGUGAUGUUAAAUGGUUUUGGUACCGUCGUCAAUGCUCUGGGGAAGCGAGUCAAACCCUACUUGCCACAGAUCUGUGGUACCAUCCUGUGGCGUCUCAACAACAAAGCUGCCAAGGUGCGCCAACAGGCUGCUGAUCUCAUCUCCAGAAUUGCUGUCGUCAUGAGGACAUGUCAAGAGGAGAAGUUGAUGGGUCAUCUUGGUGUUGUCUUAUAUGAGUACCUUGGUGAGGAAUAUCCCGAGGUACUUGGAAGCAUCUUAGGAGCUCUCAAGUCCAUUGUUAAUGUCAUUGGGAUGCAUAAGAUGACUCCGCCUAUCAAGGACUUACUGCCAAGAUUGACGCCUAUCCUCAAAAACAGACAUGAGAAGGUACAGGAGAACUGCAUUGAUCUUGUGGGUCGUAUAGCUGAUCGUGGAGCAGAGUACGUCUCAGCCAGAGAAUGGAUGAGAAUUUGCUUUGAGCUUCUAGAACUCCUCAAGGCUCACAAGAAAGCUAUCAGAAGAGCUACUGUCAACACGUUUGGAUACAUUGCCAAGGCUAUUGGUCCCCAUGAUGUACUGGCAACCCUUCUGAACAAUCUCAAGGUACAAGAGCGUCAGAAUCGUGUCUGUACCACAGUAGCCAUCGCUAUUGUUGCCGAGACUUGCUCACCGUUUACUGUUCUCCCAGCCCUGAUGAAUGAGUAUCGAGUACCUGAGCUGAACGUGCAGAAUGGUGUACUCAAAUCACUGUCGUUCUUGUUUGAGUAUAUCGGUGAGAUGGGAAAGGAUUACAUCUAUGCUGUGACACCAUUACUGGAAGAUGCAUUGAUGGAUAGAGACCUGGUUCAUCGUCAGACUGCUUGUGCAGCCAUCAAACACAUGUCAUUGGGUGUGUUCGGAUUCGGAUGCGAAGAUGCUCUUGUUCAUCUCCUUAACUUUGUCUGGCCUAACAUCUUUGAGACGUCGCCUCAUGUCAUCCAAGCAGUCAUGGAUGCAAUUGAAGGGAUGAGAGUUGGUCUGGGUGCUAACAAGAUGCUACAAUAUGCACUACAGGGUCUGUUCCACCCAGCAAGGAAGGUCCGUGAUGUGUAUUGGAAGAUCUACAAUACAUUGUACAUCGGUGCACAGGAUUCACUGGUAGCCGGCUAUCCACGGGUUCCCAAUGAUGAGAAGAAUCAAUACGUUAGAUAUGAACUGGAGUAUUUCUUGUAAGUUGUCUGUGAUGCUCAGCCACACUCCAGAUUUACUCUUCUUCAUGUCUGAAUUAAGUGUUACUCCAGUACCAUUCCCUGUCUAGCAUUUGUCUAGUUUGACAACAAUCAAAGCCAGCAGUGUUGUAGCUGAGGUACUUACAAUGGAUCACAAGUCAAUUAUAAGUCCAAGUAAAUUACAAGUCCAGUCACAGGUUACAUGGGAUUAACAAUAACUAAGGAAUGCUUCCUUGUUCAUUUAAAUAGCUUAUGAGUUGACAUGGGACAGGAUGCCUUGUGAUAGACAUGUGAAUGGAUAUUUUAGGAUCCAAUUACAUCACUUCUAUUUUUGAUUCACCGAUUGAUCUGGACAGAGUUUGAUUUGUACAUACAGUGAAAAUCAGUGAGUGAUUAAAAAAACUGAGAACCUUGUUUUGCUUGGUAAGAAUUGAGUAUUAAAUGUUUCACAUUUUGACAAAGUUACUUGCUUUUAUUUAGUAGAUUAUGAAUUGAAAUAAUAUCAGAAACUUGUAAAAUGUCAGAAAGCAAGAUGGCUUUGAAAAGAUGAGGACUUUUUAUUGGUCAGGAUACUCAAAGAUAGAACACUUCAAAAUCUUGUUUCAAAUGUUUUGUGUUAUCAUAAGGUUCUUCCCUAACAGUCCUGAAUCCUCCAAUUUCAAUACGAUUUUGCACACCCCCUAGGGAGUUAAGGUUAAAACAAAAAGUCAUAGCGCCCAAGAGGCCAAUGUUGCAUGGUUAAGUUAAUAAAACAAAACAUUUUAUUUGUAUAAAAGAGCACAUGUCGUGACCUGACAAUGUGUCCAUUCUUUCCAUGUAAACUUAACACUGACGAUGGGAACAUAUUACCCCUUGAAUAUUCGGUUGUCUUGUUUAGUUUAUUGGCCAUAAAAGUCACAAAACAGAUUUCCGAGUAAUUCUAUGGUCAUACCUUUUAAAAUGAUACAUUUGUAUAUAGCAAGCUGUGAAUGAGUUAAUCAAUUUGUUUUGAAUCUUGAGGAAAUGGUAACCUUUUGUUACAAACAUUUCUUCGUUCUACUCUUUGAAAAUCAUCCCCUUAACUCAGAUAUCUGGUUGAGCAGUGAUUCAACACGUUAAUUUGGUUCAUUGCCAAGCUAAGAUUCUGUCUCCUAACCUUUUUGAAUCAAUAACACAAUUGAGAUUUCUAUCCUUGCAGGUUUUGUUGAAGAUAAGAUUUUGCCUUAAAGUGGGGCUAAAGUCAUUUUUGGUAGGUAUGAUUAUAAAGUGUGAAUAACUCUGAAAAUGGUGAGGUUAAAUUUCAAAUACUUGUACAAAUGUUGUUUUUUAGUGAAAAAAAAGGUACGAGUGGCAAGGGCGGAUCCAAAACAUCACCUUUUGGGGGGGGGGGGGUGGCAAAAAAGUGGGUUCCCCAAAAAUUACAGCACGGUGUUCAGGGUCUACUUAAGGGCCCAGAUCAAUUUUCGGAUUCCAGAUGCUCUGUGGUGUGAUCUGAGGCAAUUUCUGACCACUUUCCCAAUUUUUUUUCACUUAAAAA